UGGCGUUAACUUUCAGCUCGCACCCGAGACAGCGGACGUCGCACAUCAACCAUGGUGAACCUUGGAGACGUAUUCCCCAACUUUGACGCAAAAACCACUCAUGGAGACUUCAAAUUCCAUGACUGGAUUGGUGACUCGUGGGCAAUCUUGUUCUCCCAUCCAGCUGACUACACCCCUGUUUGUACCACUGAGUUAGGGCGUGUCACCAAGCUGGUCCCAGAAUUCAACAAGCGUGGUGUCAAGUUGAUUGCACUGUCCUGUGACAAUGUGGAGAGCCACAAAGGCUGGAUUGAGGAUAUUAAGAGCUACAUGAAGGACCAAGGGGAUUUCCCUUAUCCCAUUAUCUCUGACUCUGACCGCUCCCUGGCUGUAUCCCUGGGGAUGGUUGACCCUGCUGAGAAGGAUGCCGCUGGUUUGCCUCUAACAUGCAGAGCUGUGUUCAUCAUUGGCCCAGACAAGAAGCUGAAGUUGUCUAUGUUGUAUCCUGCCACCACAGGGAGGAAUUUUACUGAAAUCCUGAGAGUGGUGGACUCUCUCCAGCUCACUGUCAACCAAAAAGUAGCAACGCCAGCAGACUGGGUGAAUGGGGGUGACUGCAUGGUACUUCCCACUAUCAAAGAAGACGAAGCUGCCAAGCUUUUUCCAAACCACAAAACAAUUCCUGUGCCUUCCAAAAAGCCAUAUCUCCGAAUUACCCCACAGCCCAAGUAAAAUAAACAACAGCCUUGGAUAAAUCAUUGGGUCAGCAGCCUUGGAUGUUUUGGAGAUGAACAUUUCAUGUCGUCCUGAUUAAACUUUCACUCACAAAUUAUUUACAUGAUUUUCAUUCAUAGAGCAUUUAGCACUUCAUAAAGCAAUUAGUGAAAAAAAAUUCAUUAUUAAUGUUAUAAAUACACCUGUAGUGCAUUAGGCAGCUCACGUAGAUGAAAAAUGUUAUUACAUAAAAAAAUGGUUUGCAUUACUAGUUCAAUAGUCUCUGGUUAAGAUAAUUAUCCGUUUUUGUAUAACGUAGUAGGCAGGUGAUUUGUUUGUAUGUUUUGCUUAUUUCAACGAAUGUAUUUUGGUAUAAAGAUGAUAUAAUUACCUGAUCAGAUUUUACAUUUUCUUGAUUAAAUUGACUAAUUGGUGUUUUUGCCAUAUAUUAUUCAGAUUAUAUAUAUAUCUAUAUAGUAUAAAAGCUUAAGGAGUGAUAUUACAGAGGUAGUGUAGACAUAACAAUUUAAGGAAAACAACAUAAUAUUAAAUACCCAAGAAACCACGCACAUAAUUAAGUAAAAGAAAGAAAUCUUGCAUAAUUUUUCUUAAUUAUCAUCAAAAAGGGGUAACCUUCUUUCUAUGUUGAGCUAUGGCCCAUUCAGCUCGAGGCUGUAAGAAAUAUGCAACUGACAGAAGUAUUUUUAUGGUAAUAUGUCAAUAAAAUUCCAUCCUUGUUCUUUGUACUAUUUGGUGCAAAAGAAGUAAAAAAAAGCAUUAUUUUAAGCAUUUGAUGUCAUGUUAUUGAAUUCUUGAUAUUAUUGAAUAAAUCUGCUGUUGUAUGUUGUGAA